CCAAAUAUGUAUUGUUAUUCUAGAUGGUUGGUUUGCCUGCACGAGGAAAGACAUAUGUGGCAUAUAAAGUCUGUAGAUAUUUAAACUGGUUAGGCAUCAAGACACAAAUAUUCUCAGUGGGUAAUUAUCGACGUCAGAUAGCCGGAUUACAUCCUCCACCUACAUUUUUCGAUAUUCAUAACCAAGAUGGAAUGAAAAAACGUCAUGAGGCAGCAGAAAUUGCACUAAACGAUAUGAUAAAAUGGUAUCUUGAGGAAGACGGAAUAGCAGGCAUUUUUGAUGCUACAAACUCUACAAAGCAGGAUAGAGAAUGGAUUCAUCGCGAAUUGACGAAAUUGGAUGUUCAAGUCUUAUUUAUCGAAUCGAUAUGCGAUGAUCCAAAGAUCAUCAUGUCAAACAUCAAGGACGUAAAGCUCUCCUCUCCUGAUUACGAAAACCUCGAUCCGGAAACGGCUACAGAAGAUUAUAUGAAACGAAUUAACCAUUACGAAGCCUUUUACGAGACGAUCACAGAAGAGGAUUUGACCUAUAUAAAGUUGAUUAAUGUCGGGAGCCAAUAUAUCAUCAACAUGAUUCGUGGAUAUUUAGAGAGCAGGAUUGUAUAUUACUUGAUGAACCUGCACACGCGACCAAAACGAAUUUGGUUUAGUAGACAUGGUGAAUCACUUUACAAUCUGGAAGAUCGAAUCGGUGGCGACUCUGGUCUGUCACCAAGAGGAGAACAAUAUGCGUUAAAGCUACCGGAAAUUGUCAAACAAAAUAUCGGUGACCGUCCUCUGACGGUAUGGACAUCGACCAUGAAGAGAACGAUUCAAACAGCUAGGCAUUUAGAUUUCCCAAAGAAGCAAUGGAAAGCGUUAGAUGAAUUGGAUACAGGUGUUUGCGAUGGUAUGACUUAUGAUGAAAUCGCAGCGAAAUACCCAGAGGACUUUGCACGUCGUGAUGAAGACAAGUUUAAUUACAGAUAUCGUGGAGGCGAGAGUUACAGAGAUUUGGUGCUAAGGCUAGAACCAGUCAUUAUGGACUUGGAAAGACACGAAAAUAUCUUGAUUAUAUCUCAUCAAGCUACUAUUAGAUGUAUGUACGCAUACUUUAUGGGCUUAUCUCAUGAAGAACUGCCGUAUGCCCGUAUUCCACUUCAUACUAUUAUAGAAUUACGGCCAAAGGCCUUUUCAUGUGAAGAAAAGCUAUAUAAAGUGGACGUUGGAGCUGUAGAUACCUUUAGGCCAAAAGGACAAGGAGCGCGAGUAUUAAAGAAUGACACAUUUGUCUGUGAAUCUGUUGGAGCAAGCGGAGAAGUAUCGGAUGGGUCUAAGCCUAUUUUACCAAUAUCACCAAUUGCAUCAAAAACGUUAACAAAUGAAGCAUAAUAAUAAACAAAUACUUUAAUUCAAG